CCAUUAGGAAGGUUGAGAACCACUGACCUAGAGUUUCCUGUUAACAGCCAAGAACUCUAAAUUCUAGCGGAGCUUAUCAAACAUGAAUCCUACUCCACUGUCUCCCGAGCCCACCCUGGGGGAACCACAAAAGGGCUGAAGGGACUAGAAUGUAUCUCAUCUCCUCUGAGUUGAGUCAGAACUGCAGAGCCGAGAAGGCCAGCUUGUAGACCUUCAGGCUAAGUCUCUCAGGAUACAGAUGGUGAAACUAAAUUCCAGAGGUGGGGCUGACCUGCCCCGGGGCACGGAUUCAGGUUGCCUGGCUCCCAGGCCAGCCAGAGCUUUUUCCAACACCUGUGUGGCCCAGAUUUGAAAGGAGGGAAAAUGAGAUGGGUGGGGCCAAUGAGACAGCCGUGACAGAAUAUGUCCUGCUGGGCCUACACGGCCACCAUAACAUAGAGAUGGUCCUGUUUGUGCUCUGCCUGGGCAUCUACUCUGUGAACGUGCUGGGGAAUGCCCUCCUCAUUGGGCUGAACAUGCUGGACCCCCGCCUGCACAGCCCCAUGUACUUCUUUCUCAGCAACCUCUCUCUCUUGGACAUCUGUGGCACAUCCUCCUUCGUGCCUUUCAUGCUGGUCAACUUCCUGGAAGCCCAAAGGACCAUCUCCUUCCCUGGCUGUGCCCUGCAGAUGUACCUGACCCUGGCACUGGGCUCCACGGAGUGCGUGCUCUUGGCCGUGAUGGCGUAUGACCGUUAUGUGGCCAUCUGCCAGCCGCUUAGGUACCCAGAACUCAUGAGUGGGCAGAUGUGCGUGCGGAUGGCAGUGCUGAGCUGGGGAACGGGCUUUGCCAACUCAUUGCUGCAGUCCAUUGUCACCUGGAGCCUCCCGUUCUGUGGCCACCAUGUCAUUAACCACUUCUUCUGUGAGAUCUUGGCAGUGCUGAAACUGGCCUGUGGGGACAUCUCUCUCAAUGCACUGCUUUUAAUGGUGGCCACAGCUGUCCUCUCACUGGUCCCACUCCUGCUCAUCUGCAUGUCCUACAUUUUCAUCCUUAAUGCCAUCCUUAGGGUGCCCUCUGCUGCAGGCCGGCGCAAAGCCUUCUCCACCUGCUCUGCCCACCUCACAGUGGUAGUGGUUUUCUAUGGGACUAUCUCCUUCAUGUACUUUAAGCCCAAGGCCAAGGACCCUGACUUGGAUAAGAUUAUUGCAUUGUUCUAUGGGGUCGUGACACCCUCACUGAACCCCAUCAUUUAUAGCCUGAGAAAUGCAGAGGUAAAAGCUGCUGCCAUAGCUCUGCUGGGGGGGAAUUUGCUCUGCAGGAAAAUGUCCCGCUUCUGUUCUCAACCUCUAUUCGGCAGGAGAGUCUAGGUUAUAAUAUGGUGAUAACUUCAAAAUUUCAGUGGCUUAGGACCACAAAGAGUUAUUUCUCGCUCAUGCUACAGGCCCAUUAGAGGUUGGCUGGGGAGGGGCCUGUUCUAUCAUCAUCUUCACCCCUCUGGGACUCAGAGUAAUAGAGCAACUAGUGGGACAUUGCUGGUCACCAUGACAAUAGGAAAAGAGAAAAUGACAAAGCCUGCACUGACUCUUCAAGCUUCCACUCAGAAGUAGCAUGCUACUUCCACUUACAUUUUAAGUGGCUUCAAGGUGUGUCUGGGUAGCCAAGGUCUGUCUCUGCAUGUGGCACAGAAGUGGUAGAGAGCCUCAGGACUAAAAGGGGUUACACAGAUAGGAC